AUGUCCGUGAAGGACGGGAAGAAGCCGGCAGCCGUGGUAGGCAACACGGAAUCAUCUGGUGCCAACAACAACAACAACUACAACAUCAAUGCCUCGCUGUCGAAGGAGGAGGAAGAGGAUGGAGAGAAGGAGGACCCAGUAAUAAUACAACGCCCUGCUCCUGUGGUUCUGGCCAGCUCGACAACAUCGCCACCACCUCGCUGUGGCACGGCCUUCUCAGAGGCGCAGACCCUCGUGCGGGAGAACAGCACGCGGUCCAGGAACUCGAUCGCCAAGCUGCCGCUCGCGCCUGAGGAAGGCAGCAACAUGGCCAACGGAGCCCCAGCACCAGCACCUGUGCGCUCCAUCUUCCCAGAAUACAACCCCAAUGUGCCCCUUGCCCAGCAAAACUACUACCCGACCCAAGUCAGCCCCACGAGCAUCCCACCAGAGGCCAUCAGCCGGCGCCUCUACUCACCGACCUCUCCAGACGCCCACAGCCAACACCAACAACACCACUCAACCUCCCUUCCCAAUAAUAACAGCAACAACGGGCCCCAAUCUCCACCUCUCCGGAGCCCACAGAGCGCUGGGACCGCCAACACUGCUGCUCCACGUAGGUGGCCUCCGCCCCGCGCCAAUGAAGUGCACCCUGCCCAGCCGCCCACUAUCAGCACGACCGAGCAGCUCCGUGACUACUGGAAGGUAGCCAACGGGUGGAAGGCAAGCGCGAGCGAGGGGCGCGUGUACACCUUCAAGGUCAGCUGCGAGCGGGACGCCCCCAUUUACACCCUCGCCUCGAGAGCCCAGCAGCCCUUUUACCGCGUCAAGCUGGAUCCCACGAGCACCUCUGCCAACGUCUCCGUGUCGCGCUUUGACCCUGCUCGGCCGUACAAGCCGCCUGUGCCGCCCAAGGAUCACAGCGGCAGCCGCAGCCGCAACGGGAGCAGCGAGAGCGUGGGCGGGAGCGGCCUGAACCUGUCCCUCGGCAAGGAGACCAGCGCCAAGGGCUGGCAGGAGGUGCUGGCCACGACGAUCGAGGAGAAAGCAAGGCACCACGCCCCGCACGACGGGCUCGUGGCCCUUCUAUUCCCGUCCGCGGCCGCCAAGUUGGCCAUGGAGAGCCAGUACACCAACGCGGCGGCGUGCGCCAUGGCCGAGCGCGAGUGUGCACGGCUCGUGUGGGACGACGACAGCGGGAGCCACUUCCUCGUGCACCCGGCCCUGGCCAUGCCGUUCUGCGUCACCAUCGAGCGGAAUCCAACGUGGUCCCGCACAGAGUACACGCUCGAGCACAUCGAGUCGCCGCAGCACUUUGCCCGCCUGACCAAGGACGGCACGGGCACGGGCUGGCUGGAGAUCGACACGGGCAUCGCCUCCAAGAUCGACGCCGUGUACCUGGCUGAUGUCGCGGUCACGGCGCUGCUGCUGGUCGCGCAUGCCGACGGCGACUUCAGCAGGGUCGAGGUCUUUGAGCCGCCGCCGUCCAUCGGAAGCGGACGGGACAGCAGGCAGGACAAGAGGCCGUCGAGUCGCAUCAGCCGGCUGAGCACCAGGAUCGGGACGGGCGGGAGUGGCGACAAGAAGAAGAAGGUCGGCAAGAGCCCGCUGGAGUCGUUCGAGCUAGACCUCGAGAGCCAGACGAGCGAGCUGAAGAACCACUUGUCGUCGAGUAAAGAAAAGGACGGGACGCCGGGCUGCGCGAGGAUCCUCAUCUCGGUGCUGAGUGUCACCUUCAAGUGCUUGAUAUGGUGCGCCACGGUCGCCUUCAAGGCGCUGACGGCUUGUAUUGCGCUGAUUGCCAAGUGCCUAACUUCUGAGAAGUUGUAA